AUGGCACAAGCCAUGUCCACUGUAGAAACUGACCGUUUGAAUGAGUUUCGCUGUGAUGCCCAAGUAGCCGAAGAGUUAUGUCAACUGGCUAAUUGGCCGAUUAGAAAUUUACAAGUGGAUGGAACUUCUCUCAGUUUUAAACUAGUUGAAAAAAAUGAAGAAAAGAGUUUCAUUCUUAAUGUUUCUGAGGAUUAUCCAGACAAUUGUAUCUUAUCCUGUUUAAAGGAUGCCUCCUUCUGCACUGUCUGUUGCCGUGUACCUGAACUUUUGGAUGCUCUUGUUCAUAACAGUAUUUGUUUCUUUCUUUCUCUUCCCUUCCCUCUUCCACUCUCUCUCUCCUUCCAUCCCUCUCUCUCACUCUCUCCUUCCAUCCCUCUCUCUCCUGCCAUUCCUCCCCUCUCUCCCCUUCCCUCCCCUCUCUCCCCAUUCCCUCUCUUCUCUCCCCUUUCCUCCCUCUCUCCCCUCCUCUCUGCCCUUCCUUCUCCUCUCUCCCCUUCCUUCUCCUCUCCCCCCCAUCCUAUCUCUUGUGGCAUUGUAUUUACAUUUUUUUGUAUUAUUCUCCAGGACUUUGACAUGUUGGAAGAGGUUCAGGUUAGCCCAGCAUUAGACAAAGAUAUGGGACAAGUGAAAAAUUUGUUUGGUGAGGAGGCUAUUACAUACAGAUUAUUUACUUACAUUGACAACAUAGAUGUGGAACUGAAUAUCAACAUGGAUUUCCUUGAGGAAACCGUUGCUGAAGCCUGGAACAUGAAUCGGCGAGAACCCCUGGUGGUUCGACUUAAUGUCUCUCUUAGUUCAUACCUAGAUAACAGGGAGGUACCGAAAGUUGAGGUCUUUCAGCCGUCCAAAAAAGACCAACCCUGGGGAAUUGGUUGCCAAAUCAAAAAAAUUGUAGAAACCUUUAUUGCUAAUCAGUGGCGCCAUGUAACCAACAAGGAUGUGCUUCAGGCACGGACUGUUGCACCUAAAUCUCAAAGUAUGCCAUCUCAUAUAUCGGAGCGUUGCAGCCAAACAGCUUCGCCGACUCAAAUGAAGCAGUUUUCCCAUCAUGCAGAUGAGAGUUGUAUGAAUCAGCCUGACAGUCACUUACCCCUUCUGUCUGAAAGAAAUGGUAAUGACACUAAUAGCCACGAAGACAACAAUAAUGAAAUGUCUCCAGGAGGUGCCUCAGCAGCGAGCAGUCCAAGUAUUUCUGCUUUCUCACCAAUCAAGGCAGGCAAAUUAAGUUUAGGGCGUAUCUUCCGCUUAGCAACUUCAGCCACAGCACCUAAUCUUAGCAACCCCCAUAAUGGAAAUCUCAGCCUUGUACCCUCAUCAACAGCAGAUGGAGAACGAUCAAAAAGAAUCCCCUGCUUAGAAUAUGGUUUCCUCUCUCAGGUUUAUCUGUAUAUUCGACAACGCAUUCCAACAUUAAACGAAUAUUGUGUCGUGUGUGAUCAAGAUCAUGUUUUUCAGAAUGGAUCAAUGCUUCAGCCAGCUGUUUGUUCUCGAGAACUAUGUUCGUUUGCCUUCCAAGAUCUUGGAGUGAUGAGUACAGCAACCACAGCGAUGGCAACUGGGGCUGUCAGGUCUCUGCUGGCUGAAAUUGAGGUCCUGGUGGUUGACUUACUAAUUUCCAUGACAAGGACUGCCUGUAAAUCCAAACGUCGUGAGAUCAUUUUUAAUCCGUAUCCAACUGUCAUUGAUCCAGACAAACCAACAGAAUUUUAUCUUCAUCCAAAGCAUAAAGAUUACAAAAAAGUGGAAUCAAUCCUGAAAGCAUUUCCUACAAUGUCUGAGAUGCUGUGGUGCACUGGGAAAGAUCUAAAGACAAUCAUGGAUGAAAAGAAUCGGUUGGCAUUUCCUUUACUUCAAUGGAUUAUCACCAGCAAUCGUUCCCAUAUCGUCAAACUGCCUCCAACUGAUCAACUUAAAUUCAUGCACACCAAUCACCAAUUCCUUCUUUUGAGUGCUGCUCCUGCCAAAGAAGAGAUUUUCCGUGCAGCCAGAGCAAAAUAUGGCAGCACUUUUGCCUUCCAUGGAUCCAGUAUAGAGAACUGGCAUUCUAUUCUUAGGGUGGGUCUUUUGAACGCCUCUGGAACUAAAUAUCAGAUGAAUGGUGCUGCUUAUGGAAAGGGAAUUUAUCUCAGUCCAAUCUCACCACAACAUAAAAACAGAUUCCUUCAAAGUGAAAAUAUCAACUGCAUUGCUCUAUGUGAAGUCAUCAAAUCUCCUGAAUUAAAGAAGCAUGGCAAUGUUUGGGUUUGUACGAAAAGUGAAUUUGUUUGUACCAGGUUCUUUUUUGUCUAUGAAGACAGUCAAGUGGGUGGUGCUGAGAUUAGCACCCAAAGAACUGGAGUUGAGAACCAAAUUCUUAAAGCUGUCCAAUGCCGUAUGAAUGCCAUGAGGGACAAGUGA